UGUGAAUACACAUGAAUAGUGAUUAGUAUCGAAGAAUAAUUGUCUCUCACACAAGUUUGAAAAUAGUGAUAUUAGAAAUAUAUGUAUCGCUUGCCACACGUUCUCUUGGCAUAAGAAUGAGCUGGCAUAAAUUGCUCGUUGCUUGAAAAAAUUUCUUUAUCCAAAUGUCAAUGUUAAAAAGAAGAAUUUAAAUGCAAGAAAAGGGAAAACAGUAAAAUUAUUCUGUUUGUAAUUCAAAAAGGAAACAUAGAUCUUGAAACAUUUAAACGUGGUAGCGUUGUAAAAGGGCUCUAUGUACUCCAUAUCUGCUUCCUCGAAUGGUACUUUAGUUUACAAAAAUAUUGCGUCAGUUAAUCAGAAGAGGAACAAGUCAGCAAUUUAUAAGUUUAUCACCCAAUACUGGUAUCAUGCGCAACGAAAUUACAGCAGCAGUACUAUUCUUAGUACAGCUGAUAGAAAAAAACGAAAAAUUUAGUCCCGAUCAAUUGGAAUGUUUCAAACGACAUUUAGUUGAAUUGUUGACGGAACGUUUUAAAAAUCAUUGGUUUCCUGAUAAGCCUUUCAAAGGUCAAGGUUAUCGUUGCAUACGUGUGAAUGGGCAUAAUAGAAGGGAUGCGACUUUGGAGAGUGCAGCAAAUGCUGCUGGAGUGAAGUACGAAGAUUUGUCUCUACCAGUAGAGCUUACACUUUGGGUUGACCCUAAUGAAGUUUGUUGUCGUUUCGGAGAAAGUAAGGGAUCAUAUUGCACAUUGGCAUCAUUCGAUGAUAAAGAAAAUACUGUACCAAUUUUUCAAAGAGAUGAGCAAGUAGAAAAAGAAAAUAAGCAAUCUGAGAGGCAGACAAAAAUGCUGAAAACCCCACUGGUUCCUACUAUGGAAGAACAACAUGAAGUAAAACCUUUGAGCUCUGCAAAUCAAAAUCAGCAUCAUAAUAGUACUGGUACAGGUAGGAGGCGCAAUUUGAACAGUCCCAGACUCCAUGUUAACAGAAAUCGUACUUGGUUUGGUCACUCCUUUGGCAUGGGCUAUGGACCUCAUCCGAUCACUCAACCAUGGUAUAAUAUCGUGCCACCUCAUUUUUUGAGCGGUCCAUCUCCACCUCCCUUCAUGGGCCAUCGGGGAAACAAAUGGAUUCCUCCUUCUUAUCCUGCUGGCCCAACCCGUUUUCAUCACUGGUCUCCAAAAGCUACUCUUAAAGUAUAAACAAAUUUGAUGCAGAUAUAAAUAAGAAAUCUGUUCCUUUAUUAUUAUUAUUAUUAUUACUAUUAUUAUUAUUAUUAAUAUUAAUUAUUAUUAUUAUUAUUAUUAUUAUUAUUAUUAUUAUUAUUAUUAUUACUUUUUUUUUUUUGAACUAUGGACAAUGGUAAUUUCUUUUUUGUAUUUUUCAUUCUAUUUUAUCUUUGUAAUUGUGUAGUAUUUUAACUGCCAUUUCUUAUGUAUUAAAGCAUAUAUCUAUGGGGCUAACCUAAUUAUAUUUUUAUUAAUCAUUAGGAACAGAUUUCUUUAUUUAUCGGUGAUGAAAAUGAUUCAUUCUGUAAUUACAAAUGACCUUGUUCAAAUCGCGACUAAGGCUUACGAUUUUUUAUGACAAGAGAUGUUGUAUUAUUACAUGUUUAUAUACAUAUAAUUAAUCCAAAUAAUAGAUAUUUAACUCCGGAUGCAAGGUUGCUUGUAAAACACUAGUCUAUUGGGGAUAUAAAUAGAAUGUAUUAGUUUGUAUCCAUAUGAAAAGAGGCAAUGAACUUUAAAAGCCGUUUGCGAAUUUCUUAUCAGAUUGGUUUUUAAAAAGAACUUUUUAUGUGAAACAUAGAGUAAGUAAUCUCUCUAUAUACGAAGCAGUAUUGAUUUGUGUAUAUGUAUUUGAAAGGAAUGGCAAGUCAUAGAUAAAUUAUUCGUGCAAUUUACUAUACAGCGCGGUUCAGUUCCUUUUACAGCCUGUCUCUUUUCUUUAUGCUGAUCAUGAACAUUGCGUCAUAUAAAUUUGAGCCAUCGAAUGUAGAGAAAGAAAUUUCUUUUUCAUUCUCUUCAUUUUUGAAAACUACAUUGGAUUAAUAAUAACAGUGAUUUAAAUAGAAUCUUCCGAACAUCAUAGAAGCAUGUAUUUGAAAUAUUGUUUUAAAAUGUAUGAUAUGUACACAUAUUUGAGUGUAUGUGUGCAUAUGCACAUUUUUGUUUUUAAAGUGAAGAAAGUAAUUUGAUUUUAUUAAGUAAAAGUAUAAUGAUAUUACGAUUCUUUUUUUUUUGCAUAUUAUUUAAUUAGAAAUAUAGUAUUGUUCAGAAAUGACAUUAUACAGGCACCUUCAUUAGAAUUUCUGUUUUAUGUUAAAAGUACUGCACGAAUAUUAUGCCUGUCGUAUAUGAUUAUAAGAAAUCGAUAUCUCUUAUUUUAUAUAUGGUCCUUUGGUAUAAAAGAAUUAAGUCUCUUUUUCAUUAAUCUGUAAUUUAUAAAUGUGCAUUAAUUGUAUUAAUAUAUUAAUAUUUUACUAAAAAUUAUAAUAUUAAUGCAAUGUCAGAUUGAUACCAAUGUAAUGUACAUUUAAUCGUGUAUAUUGUAGACAAUUUAUCACGAGUUAGUAUCUUAUAGUUAUAUAAGCUAUAUAUUUGCUUUAUCUGCCAAUGCAAACAGUGGUUUAAUAUACCUAGUAUCGAUAAAUAUUUUAGUAUCACAAAUGUUUAAGAAGUGCAAUAUUUUUUUAGUUGGCAAUUGGAUACAAUUGUUGAUAAUAUCUAUCAGAAUCUAUUCACGAUGCAAAUCACAUGUUGUAUUUCUCUGUCUACUUUUACUACUCAGAUUUCAGUAUAAUUUUCUUUGAUCACAAAUUUAUAGAAUAAUUAAUAUUUUUUUUCUCUUUUUCUCUUUCUCUCUCUCUCUUUUUUUUUCUUUUUUCCCUCCAACUAACUUAGGCACAAACCAGAUAACUAUCGUUGCAGUAUAAAAUCAAAUUUAUCAUUUAACUAUAAAUAAGUGGAUUGCUCUUCGAAAUUUUAUAUCGACAAAUAUUAUAGUUUUGCUAUUUCCAUGUUAUUUAUAAUUAAAUGCAUGUGUAAUUGCUCUAGUAUAGGUAAUGUUUGUGUUCACUUUGUUAAAUCUUAUAUUCAGAUGAGUUAUUUUAAUGUUAAAGUGCAAAGGGUGUUAAAGGUCUAUAUAAAUGCAAAUAUGAAAAUGUUUAUGUAGUAUUAAGCAAUGUUGCAUUCGGACGUGUUCUUUGUGUGAGUGUAUGUGUAGUUGGCGCGCGCGUUGCGCAUCGUGCGCGCAUUACAUACCGAUGAUGUAUGUAUGCAUGUGUAUAUAUAUAUAAAAUGUGUGUAACGAACGAUAUAACGAAAUAAUUCGAACUUUUCUAUCAAAAUUACAAUAAUCAUUUUUGCCCGAAUUAAACGCGCUUUACACGUUCUAUAUAUAAUAUUUAUAUGUGUAUUUUAAAACGACUGAUAUAUUCGAUCGGAUUUUCAUGAAAAACAAAAAGAAAAAAAAGAAAAAGAAAAAAGAAAAAGAAAAAAAAAAGACGAUUUCAUUUCACAAAGAGAUCUCUAUUUGUUAACAAAUUACAAUCUACAAAUCGUCGGAUUGAAAAUUAAUCGUUUAUUUAAUAACGAGCAUUGUUGUUGCUUUUAGUUUACCUUGCUUUUAGUCUAAAGAAAGAAAUUUCGAUCGAAGUAAAAAAGAGAAAAAAAAAACAAAUAAAUAAAAGCAUUUCUUUUAAUACAUUAGCAUUUUUAUACAAUAUAUAUAUAUAUAUAUAUAUAUAUAUAUAUUCGGAUGAAUGGAUAUAUAAAUAAAUAAUCGGGCAAAAUACGAUUUGAUUACACGAUCGAAUGUUACAAAGAUAAAGCUUUAAAAUGAUUCCGUUUCUAAUCUUGUAUAAUGCGUAUACUCGAGCUUAAUUUCAUUGGAAAUGUGUAUGUUCGUGAGUUAUUUAAAGAAGAAGAAGAAGAAGAAAAAGAAAAAGAAGAAAGAAAGAAAGAAAAAAAAAGAAAAUUAAACGAAAUGAAAAAGAAAAGCGAACAAAGAAAUCAAACGAGGAAAGUAAUGAAAGAAAAAGAGACUGCGACAGAUAAUGUCGGGUUAGAGUUUACGCCAUUUUUUUGCGAAUAACCGAACCGUUGAAAUUCGUUCGACAAAUAAUUGUUAGAAAACGUAUCUCAUACGUAAACAUUGCGUGCGUCUCUUUUCUUUUCUUUUUUUUUUUACACUAUAUAUAUAUAUAUAUAUAUAUAUACGUUGUAAUAAUAUUUUUUGUUUAUAAUCACGAUAAAUGAUAAUAACGAUGAUAAUGACGACGACGAUGUGGAUAACGAUAACGAUAACGAUAACGAUAACGAUAACAAUGUUAUAAUUUAAUUUUGUAUCCAGUACCAGUUCUUGCAUUUUGUUUAUGAUUUUAUGAGGAAAAAAAAAAGAAAAAAAAAAUAAAAGAAGAAGAAGAAGAAAAAAAACCCGAACACACACAGAGACACAGACACGCGCGCACACAUAUAAAAGAGAGAGAAGAACAGACGUACACGUAGAUACACGUACACACACAGAGAUACACGGGAUGAGGACGGGCGCGCGCGCGCGCGCGCGUGCGUUACGUGCACGGCGCUCACUAUUUGUUUCGUGCUAACCAAUAAAAAUUAUUCAUGUAUCAAGCAAAAUAUACUUAUCGUUAGAAUUAUUAAUUAUUAUUAAUUAGAAUGGGUACCUCGAUGGGGCAGGGGAGGGAGGGGGAUUUAGAAUUAUAAAACAUAAAACAAUCAAAACUUUUAUUAUUAUCAAAUAUUUCAUUGAUAGAAAAAUUUAAACGUAUAGCCGAUAAUAUUGAUUUAACGAUUUAUCUAUCUAUCUAUUGAUUAUGAUGAGCCAUUAAGAAAUAUAUAUAUAUAUAUACGUAUACGUAUAUACAUACGAUAUUAUAUGGAAAUGAAGUAUUUCUUAGCGAUUAAUUUUUAUCAAAUAUUUUGAUACAUAUAAAAAAUCGAAAUAAAUUAAAAAGACAGACACGGAGAAACGGACAAAAAUAAUGCCGUCGAUAGAAAGAUAUUUGAAAUAUUAAAGUUAGAUGAGCUUUUUCUGUCCUCUCUUUCUCUCUCUCUUUCUCUCUUUCUCUGUCUCUCUAUCCUUCUAUUUCUAUCUCUAUCUUUCUUUUUCUCGUUAAGAGAUCAUUCCAUUUCUCCGUCUCCGUCUGUCUGCCUCCUCGAGAGAAUCUUUUUGGAAAAAAAAAAAGAAAAAAAAAAUGGAAAUAUUACAUGUAAUUGCUUCUUUUAUAACGAUGUGCACUAUACAUGUAAUUAAGUUUUCACAUGUGUAUGAUCACUUAAAUGUAGAGCAAUUAUAAAAAUAAAUUUACGUCAUAUUGUC